AUGGGCGCCAAAAACAUCCUCCUCCUCAAUGGGCCCAACCUCAACCUCCUGGGUACCCGCGAACCACAAAUCUACGGCUCGACCACCCUCUCAGACGUGGAAAACGCUGCCGUUGCCCAAGCCUCCUCUGCCGGCGCGAAGCUGAGCUACUUUCAAACCAACCACGAAGGCGUACUCAUUGACCGCAUUCACAAAGCACGCGAAGAAGGCGUCGACGCCAUUGUUAUCAAUCCUGCAGCCUUCACACAUCAAUCAGUUGCGUUGAGAGAUGCGUUACUUGGCGUAAACAUACCAUUUGUGGAGAUUCAUGUCAGCAACGUACACGCGAGGGAGGAGUGGAGGAGUAAGAGUUAUUUCAGUGACAAGGCGGAAGCAGUCAUCUGUGGGCUGGGUGUCUUUGGAUAUAAGGCUGCGAUUGAGUUUUGUUUGGAGCAUAUCAAAGUUAGGGCGAAGUUGUGA